UGAAACUAUUCUCUGUUUUCUUUUACUAUUUUCUGGGUAAUAUCACAUGAAAAUAUUUGAGGAGAUGGAGACUGAAGAUGGUUACAUGAAGCUGAAUUUCAAGGAUCGCUUCAAAUCCCAGCAGAGAUCUAAAGAUUUUGCCCUGCAUGUACAUUAUUAUGGCAUUUUGGUAGCAUUUGGAUGCGUCGGGAUCCUUAUUUACCUGAUGACAGUGAUUGGCCUGAACUUUUCAAAUAAAAAAAUGGAUGUCUCACAGAAUGUAAACAUCAGCAGCCUAGCAGGAAAUAAUCAUAUAUGCCCAAAUGACUGGCUGCUGAAUGAAGGGAAGUGUUACAAGUUUUCAAAUUUUUCUAAAACUUGGAAUGAGAGUCAGCGUGAUUGUUCAAAGCUCCAGGCACAUUUGCCCGUGAUUCACAAUUUCAAAGAGCUGGAAUUCAUACAGAAGAGUUUAAAACCUGGAUUUCCUAGUUGGAUUGGAUUAUAUAUUAUGUCCCCAGGAAAGCAAUGGAUGUGGAUAAGUGAACACCCACUUGUGGAACUAAAAAAUUUUUCAGUGAUUGGACCAACUGAUAGCAUGAACUGUGCUGUCACAACAAGAAAUCAAGUAUAUUCUGAAGACUGUGGCUCCAAAUUUAAUGGCAUUUGUCAGAGAGAUGUUGUCUGAACAAUAAAAGCAAAUCUGUGCAUUUAAAUAAGAAAGUGGAAGAAAUGUGUAUGGAUGUUAACAGUGACUAUCCAUUUCUUUAGAUAAAUUUACUUCGUUUUCACUCAAAUAUAAAUUUUUAAAAUAUUUUGUACAGAAAU